AUGAAGAACCCCCCGAAAAGAAUUCAAAGUGAUAUUUCUACUACCGGAAGAUAUCAACAUAAAGGUGAAACUUCUUCUACAGCUUCUAACACACCAGCAAAGGAGAUCCAGUCAAAAGCACCGACGAGGAUCAAUUUUGAACGCCCUAAGUAUCCAGACUACGCCAUCUUAUCAAAAAGAAUCAGUUCUUUUACUGAAUGGCCGCCAUCUAAGGCACAGGCCCCACGUGACAUGGCUCUGGCAGGAUUCUUCUACGAUGGUAAAGGGGACAACACACGGUGUUUUUUCUGUGGAGGAGGAUUGAGGAAUUGGGAGGUCGAGGAUGACCCUUGGGUCGAACACGCUCGCUUCUUUAGUAAAUGCACGUUCGUGAGACAAGAACGUGGACAGCAAUUUAUCGAUGCAUUUUAUCACAGAGAUAAAGAAAUGGAAGAAAAUUCAGAACCACAGGUGAAUGGUAAGUCACACGACGUAAAUGCUGCUGAUGCUACACAGGAAAAAGAGGCCGAUUCAAAUGAUGAAAGGAAUUCUAAAGAAGAGAUUAUGAAAUCAACCGUUGCAAAAAGCAUUAAAGAAAUGGGAUACAGCGACGAGAAUAUAAAGGCAGCCAGAAGUAUCAUCAGCAGAGAUAAACACAGAGUUUCUACACAGGAAAUUCUCGAAGUUAUUUUCGAACUAGGUGAUAACCAAAAAUCAUCGUCCCCUGAACGCUUACAAAGAGUGGAGACGGGUUUCCUUGAACAGUCGAUAUCGAGCAGAGAUUUAGAGUCUCUUAAACGUGAAGAUUCGAGUUUGAUGUGUAGGGUUUGUAUGGAGAAGAAGGCCUCAAUUGUCUUCCUGCCGUGUGGUCACAUAACCUGCUGUGCGGACUGUGCUCCUGCAGUGAGAAAGUGGCAGGAUGAAUUGCCCAAUCUUGACGUGGUGCUGUUAAACGUCAACGUCAUCGUCAAGGUUGGUUGGAAACCUUUCUACGCCCUCUCUGAGGACGGGUAA